AGGUAUUGACGUAAAAUGGCCUGUAGGAAACGAAAUCAAUCUUCACCAAGCCUGAGAACUUCCAAGUGCUUCAUAACAGUAUUCCUGGCGUUUUCUUUGAUGAUUUUUUGUUCUUGUUACGAUGAGGAGUUUUGCAGUGAAUCACGCGCUACAAUGGAAGAAGUGCAGACAUGCCCUUAUAGCAAAUCGAUGUGGGAUACAGAAGCAGUGAAGAAAAACUGUUCAUCCUUUUCACAUAAAUGUUCCAGUGCACUUUUCUACCACUGUCUAAUAAAUCCUUGGCAAAACAAAACCAUUAAAGUUUGUGCACCGCGUACAAGGAUAGGCUUUGGAGUAUGCGCUGAGUAUAAUGCAGUAGGAGGAAGGAUACAGGAUUCAUACCCAAACAAGUGUUCUGCUUGUAAAAACAACUACUGGUCAACCGAUGCAUAUAAAUAUACUGAAUGUUAUGAAGCUGUAUACCGUCGUCGUACCAAGAAUGUUAGCAGAUACGAAACACUAAGUUUCAAUGACUUGGUAAACGGGGCAGAUUCGACUACAGCCUGUCUAAGACUUUGUGUUAUUUUUAUCUUCAUGUAUGUGUAACGCUUCGGUAUUUUAUAAAACAGUGCAUGUAAUUAUCAUCAUGAAAUAAAAAAAAAAACAGUU